AUGAUAGAGGCAUUCAACAGGGUGUUGCAGCAGAUGACAACCAUCCUGGCAGACAAUGCAGGAUUCGACUCGUCAAACAUUGUAUUGAAGCUGCAGAUGGCACAUUAUGAUGGACAGAGGGAUGCCAGUCUCAACAUGAACGAAUGGAUGAUCGUGUUGAUGCGGAUGCUUGGCAUCACAGAAAGUUACAAGCUGAAGUGGCAGGUGGUGCUGAGCAUGAGCAAAACUACAGAGAUGAUUCUCUGA